UUUGAAACGCGGUAUGUGUAUUGUUGAUUCUGCAGAUGAAAACUCAUUUGCUUGAUGAUUUUUAAGUGAUUUUUUCGAUACUGAGCAACGUUACGAUGUCGAAGUUUACCUUUGGGGCCACCACCACAACUGCACCAACAACUGGUUUCACCUUCAACACGCAAUCACAAGCAGGCAGGAGUUUCGGUACAAGCACAACUUUUGGUGCUACAACAACAGCAACACCAGCACCAGCAAUGCAACCAGCAGCUCAAACUUCAAUGUCAACAAUAAACUUCAGUUUUGGUAGUAAUCCAACACCAGCAACUCAGCCAACUGGAUCAAUGCUGGGAACUGCUGCUGCAGCAACGACAGCAUCUACUCUCUUUUCAACAACAACACCAGCACAGCCAACCCAGUUAGGUCAACCAACUCAACCUGCACAGUCAACUGGUUUGACAUUUGGCACACCAACAGCUAAGCCUACGGGUUUGACCUUUGGAACCCCAACAACUGGAACAGCUGCAACAUCUGCAAUAGGCCUAACUACUGGUAGUCUAACAACUGGUGGUUUGACAACUGGAGGACUGAGCUUUGGUACAUCUGCUGCUACAACAACUACUGGUUUAUCAUUUGGUACACCUACAUCAAGUACUACUACUGGUGGUUUGAAUUUUGGAGCUGCACCUGCUACAGGAGGUCUGUCGUUCGGAACAACAACUAGUUCUGCUGCUUCAGCUGGUACUGGUUUAAGUUUUGGUGCCACUACUACAACCACAACUGCCCCAUCUAUGUUUGGUUCAUCAACUAGUGGAAUUUUUGGAGCAAAACCUACUGCAACUACAGCACUUACAACAACUACUUUAUCAACAACUAACAAUCGCGGCCUUGGAGGUCUGGAUGUUUCAAUAAGUAACAAGGGUCUAGCACAAGGUAACACAAGCCCAACUGCUGCCAAAGAAAAUUUGUUACCAAAUGAAUUAAUGCAGACUAUCGAAGGAUUUAAAGAAUUUGUAAAAAUACAAAAAGUCUUAAGCUCUGAUAUAGCACGAGGCUCUGCAAGGCCUCUGAACAGAUGUGCUGAAGAUACAGCUUCUCUUAUGGAAAUGCUCACAACUCUGGCUGGUUCUGUUCAGAGAGAUCGUUUCUUAGCAGACAAAUUAAAGUUGGACACGGCGAAGGCACUACAAAACGCCGAAAUUGCUCAAAGAACGCACGACACUCCUGCGGGUUUACAAUAUGAAAAUAAUGCACCACUCCUGUUUUUUAUAGAGUUGGCAGAACAGUUCGAAAAUGACCUGAUGUUAUUCAAAUCGCAAAUCGAAACGACGGAAAAGCAUAUUCAAACGAUGAUGUCGCCGAAAACUUUAACUCCACAAGAAUUGACUAUGGCAAUGAGCAAAUUACACGAAUCUCUUGUAGCAGUGGCAGGCAGACUUCAAGGAAUACACGCUAAAGUCCAACAACAAAAAGAACAAUACCUUAAUUUUAGGAAGUACGUUUUAAAAGAUAAUCAAAAUGUUUUUGAAGAGAAUAAGCUCAAUACAAAGACGAGUAGGAGUAGUAUAGGGAGAAUAACUAGUGGUCCAACGCCAUUCGGCCCCGGAAACAGAAGCUUUAUGUCUUCUACAGCUUUAAAUUCAUCACAAACGCCUAACUUAGGAACUCCAAAUCCUUUAGGUUGGGGAAAUGUUACAGGAACGACCCCGUCGUCAAAUCUCUCGAUGAGUACACCAAUGAAGCCCCCAACGGCCGGUUUAAAUUUCAAUCCCCCAGCUAAUCUUACAUCACCACUGUCCUCGACGGAUGCAAGCUCAAAUUUUCAAUUGCAAAAGCCACCUGCCAAUAAAAGAGGAAAACACUAACGUGCGCUGUAAAAUACUGGUAUAAUAGUUGAUUUUUGUAAUUAUUUUAAUUAGAACCUUUUUCUUCUGUAUAUUAUGUGAUGAAAUUGAUAAAUAACUAAUUUUCUGUAAAAAGAGUUUCUUAACACGUUGAUCGUUAACCUU